UGAAGUUUCUUUGAGGUUAUCGUCGAUUUAAAUUGAGAUUGAACCAUGACUGGCCGUGGAAAGGGAGGAAAGGGAUUGGGAAAAGGAGGAGCGAAAAGACAUAGAAAAGUUCUUCGUGAUAACAUCCAGGGAAUUACCAAGCCUGCUAUUCGUCGUCUCGCUCGUCGAGGCGGUGUAAAGCGUAUUUCCGGCCUUAUUUAUGAAGAAACCAGAGGAGUUCUAAAAGUAUUCCUUGAAAACGUGAUUCGAGAUGCGGUCACUUACACUGAGCAUGCCAAAAGGAAAACCGUUACUGCCAUGGAUGUUGUAUAUGCCCUAAAACGCCAAGGCCGCACUCUCUACGGAUUUGGAGGUUAAACGUCGCAGUCGUUUCUGUAAACAAAACGGUCCUUUUCAGGACCACAAAUUUAUACUACGUAAAAACAACGAAUUCGAGUCGCAUAUUGUAGUUUUAAGCACUUUUAAUUUUUAACAUUAAUUAAUGUAAUAUAUCAGAACUUCAGAACGUCUGAACCAAACUAAGUGAAUGAUGACGUUUAGUCACCAACGGUUCCCCCUUAUGCUCGCCGGAGCGUGUCGUUUGCUGAUUGGCCGAUUUCGAGUUGCAGAAGCUUGAGACGGUUGCAUAGAAGAAUAGGAACUGAAUCUAC